UAUAUUUAGAACUAAUCAACUCUCUUUCCUUUUUAAAAAACUGACUUCUUUUGCUUUUUAUGAAACUAUUGUUCCUGAUUCUAUCACUUUGAAAAUGGCCUUCAGAAUGAGGUACUGGAAAUCUGUGGUGAAUGCUGUGGAGGCAAAUCGCUCAUUUGCUUCUUCUACUGCUCCAAAAUUUGCUAGUGGUGGUUCUAUGCAUAAUGCUAAUCCUACACCUCCCAAAUCCAAGUUUUCUAUGAGUGGAGAUUUGGCACCAGUGUAUGUAUUGGGUGGAACCCUAUCAGUGGCAAUAGCAUUGUGUUUAUUCACAAUGAAACAGCAGUUGUUUCAUGGUCCAGGAGUUUAUAUCAACAAAAAGAAGAGAGAAAAUCUUGCUGAAGUUGAUUUUCCAGAUGCAACAGCUGGUUCUGCUAAUAAGUAUAUUGACAAGUCUGUCUUGAGGAAAGUUGGCCGAAUCCAGGAGCCUAAUCCUGCCUUUGACCUUGACCCUUACACCAGGCCAAGAAAAGUUGAGUCCCUGAAGUCAGUUGGAGCAUGAGCCAAUAAUGGAAAGCUUAACCACACAAGUUCUUUGAAAAUGUGUUUCCCUUUUUCUAAUUUAGUUUUGCUCCCAUUGCACUAUAUAUAUGUUGUCAAUAAAAGUAUCAUAAAUUUGAGGAGAGUAGAUUUCGUCUUCCCUUA